AUGAGAAAGCACAAGUCUAAAGUGAAACAGGCGUCCUCUGGCAAAAUUAAUUCCGGGCACACGCCCUCCUCUUCAAUACAGCUACCUCCGGUUGCAAACAAACCAACAAAAUCGAAAAAUAGUACCAUCAAUGGUUACAUGACUCACAGAACUUUUCCCGAUCUUCCUAUGGAAAUUAUUCAACAUAUUUUCUCGUUUCAACCCUAUUUAGAGAUUAUUAUUGCAGAAAGAUAUUCAUUCGGAAAAGAUCUUAGAGGAUGUUUAAAAUUGAGCGACCGUUCAAGAAAGAUAAUUUUUUCUCAUUGUGAUGAACAUCUCAUCAACAAUUAUUCUCGUUUUAUAUUUUGCCAAAUAUUCGGAAAAUGCAAAUAUUAUCAAUAUAGUUCUACAAUGUAUGAUCAAUACUUUCCUCUUACCCAUCGCCUAGUGAUGAUUUAUCCAAAUAUUAAAAUAUGUACAGUGGAGAUUGAAAAUAGCAUGGAUGAUUUUUAUUUUACUUACUUCUUUCAAAGGAGAUUGAUGGAUGACCUAUUUUUGCGAGUGGCUCUCACAAAAAUGCAAAAACUAAUGCUUGCAAACCCAUACAAAAAGAGAAAAAAUUGUGGAGGCUCCACUAUCACCAUAAUGAGAUUCAUUAGAGAUACUCUCAUGAAAUAUUUUAAAAGCCCCUGUGGUAAAUCUCUAAAUGCUAUAGAUAUGGGAAAUAUUAUGUUAAGAGAGAAUUAUUUAGAUUUAUUACAAAUACUAUGGGAAGGAUUUACAUCACAUGAAGUGAUUGUAAAUGACUAUUUAAAGGAAGGAUAUUUAUCGAGAUUUGAGCCGAAAGAAACUGAGUAUUCGGUAAACCUAGAAUAUAAAAAACCAACUCUAGACAAAGAAACAAAUACGCUCACAUUUAGCACUCUAAGUCAAUAUCUAGAAUAUUUACAAUCCACUAUUAUAUCAAUAAUGCUGAACGAGAACAAGGAUCAAUUUUUCAACAAAUCAGCAGAGAAAAUGGACUCACAAUCCUUCUUUGAAAAAUUACCGUUGUUGAAUCACACAAUUAAUUUUAAUUUAUUUCAUACCAUGAAAAGCAAUUAUUUAGCCCUAUCAUUUCGAUCUACUAUUACUUCUUUAUCAUACUUUGAGAAAAAGCUCAACCAAAAUACUCAACAACAACAGCAUCAGCAGCAAAAUAUUCAACGUAGAGAGAAAAUAUUUCAAAUGCUUACUUGCUUUCCUAAUCUUACGAAAUUGACCUUUGUUGUGGAUAGCCAAACGGAGCCUCUUGAUGAAACCGUAAAACUUUUAAAGAAAUAUUUACCAGGACUCAAACAUAUUGAUUUGAGAGGAGGUUUACAUUCACGUUCUUCGUUAAGCAUGCUAUUACGAGAGUUUCCAAAAAUGACAUCAGUAGUUUUGUAUUUAUCCUUGAGAACUUAUCCAAAACAAACCAACAAUGAGCAAUGUUCCAAUAAUGGAUACGCUUAUGCUUACAGUCCCAGCGUGGGAGUUGGAAUACCCUUCUUAAACGACAUUCGAGAAACUGUCAAAUGCAUUCAGGCUCAACCUAAUCCGGCUUCCAAGCUCGCUAUUGUGUUCGACCGGGAAACGUUUUUAAAACAAAUUGUGAAUAAGAAAAUUCAAAGUCUGACUGGAGACUUUAUCUUGGUUGGAGGCGCUGAAAAACUAUUACCUCUUUCUUCCCUUUACAAAUUAGUUUUAUUCAAGCCAAAUUACAACAUGUUCGAAAAGUAUGAUUUUUUGAAAGUGUUAUCUCAGACCAAGACGUUGAGAAUUUUGUAUAUUCAUGAAUCGCUUCUCGGUUGGAGGCCAAAAGGUUACAAACCUACUGUGGAGUUUUUUGAGAACGAAUUAGAAGAGUUUAACACAGAUCACGAGGGCUGGCAACAAAAAUUUAAAAUAUUUUGCAAAAAAGAGAGAACACCACUCAAGAGAUUGUUAUUGGAUGGAAAGUCUUUGGUAAAGGUCAAAAUAUUCUACAAAUCCAUUAGACAUUUGUGCGAACAAGGAAAAGAAAAAUUGUACGAUCUCGAAAAAUUACUCAUUGAUUUAUACAUUCAGUAUAUUUCACACAAGUACAGGCACAUUAGAUUUUUGAUGACUCCUGUGUCUGAUUAA